AUGGGCUCACAAUUUUCAAGAAUAAAAAACGUUUCCACACAAUAUAAAGAUUACCCCCCAGGAUGUGUCCCUUGCCCACAUGGAAACACCCCAGGAAAUCCUGGUACUUUUGAAGAAAUUCACAAGAAAUUUGAUAGUCUCAAUCCCAAGCCUUUUCACGGUGAAGAGCAGUUUGAGGGAUAUAAAUUUGGAGCUUCAUAUGUUGGAACAAAAAGAGUUGGAUAUGCAGAGAAAUAUCCAAUUCUUGAUGGUGAAAUUUUGCCAAAUGGUGAUUUAAAAGCAAACUUUGUUCAUACUCUUGGUUGCAGAUGUAGAAUAAAAGUUUCAACGCAAGUAAAGAAAAGAGCUUAUAAGAAUCUCAAAUUCACAACAGAAUAUCGAUUAGACGAUUUAACUUUGUCAGCUACAUUGGUGGAUCCUAAAAUUUUAAAACAAGAAGGGGUCCUCAUCUUGCAAUACCUCCAAGCAAUCACACCAAGAAUAACACUGGGAGCUGAAAUAGCAUACAACAGAAUACCUAAUUUAUCAAAACAACAAUCAAAUAUUGCUUGUGCAUUUCGGUACAGUACAGGAUUCCGUACAAUUUCUGCUACAGUAAGUCCUGCUGGAUUUCGACUUUGUUAUCAUCAAAGACAAAGUUCACAGUUGCAAAUGGGUGUAGAAUUACAAUCAAAUAUCAUAAAACCUGAUUGUAAAGCUAGAUUAUUUUAUCAACUUCAUUUACCAGCAGCAGAUAUGCUUUUCAAAGGAUUUGUAGAUACUCAUUGGAAACUUGGUGCUGUUUUUGAAAAAAAACUCUAUCCAAUACCAGAGGCAUCACUAAUGCUGAGUGCACUUUUGGAUCACUCCAAGCAAAAUGUAAGUGUUGGCAUUGGAUUAAACAUUGUUGGAUAG